UCAAGCAAGUUAUAGUGCAGAGGAAUAACAUGCUAGGGCCCACAAAUAUGUAAAACUGGAAGGAUGAGAUCUCUUUUUGAGCCGGCUGUGAAGAUUCGAUUGGUUCUAGCGUUCAACUGGCCCUGUCCAAGAUUCUAUACUUCACCUAGACUCCCUCUCUCUUUCUCACCCCAUUCUCUUAUAAGAGCUCUUUGGAAACAUCUUUGGUCUGUGAAGUUGUACAACUAAGGAGAUAGAUAAGAGCCGUAGUACAGUUUUCUUGAACUGAGUAUCAGAAGCAGAAUUGUUCUCUGAAGAAUAAUACAGAAGAAUCAUGAUUUGCAUCUAAAGGGUAAGACUAGACUGAAACCAAGUACAGCAGAUCACUUUCAGAAGGCCAGAAGAUGUACCAUCAUCACCGCCAGGAUAAGAGCAUGCACCCUUCAACAAGAAUGUCUAUCUCUGAAAGACAUCUGUUCCUGCAAGGUGGAAAUGGCAACGGGGACUCAGGGCUUGUCCUGUCAACAGAUGCCAAGCCAAGAUUGAAAUGGACACCAGACCUCCAUGAGAGGUUUAUAGAAGCCGUUAAUCAACUUGGUGGAGCAGACAAAGCCACGCCAAAAUCAGUUCUAAAGCUUAUGGGGAUCCAAGGAUUAACCUUGUACCACUUAAAGAGCCAUCUUCAGAAAUACAGACUAAGUAAGAAUCUCCAUGGACAAGCAAAUGCUAGUGGGGCUAAUAAAGCUGUUGCAGCAACAGGAGAAGAUAGGAUAUCUGAGAAUAGUGCAACUUGCAUGAGUAAUCCAAGCAUCGGACCCCAACCAAACAAAAACAUUCAAAUAAGUGAAGCAAUACAAAUCCAAAUAGAAGUGCAGAGAAGGCUUCAUGAGCAGCUUGAGGUACAACGACAUUUACAGUUACGGAUAGAAGCUCAAGGAAAAUAUUUGCAUGCCGUGCUUGAGAAAGCACAGGAAACCCUUGGAAGACAAGACAUGGGAACAGUAGGAUUAGAGGCAGCAAAGGUCCAACUAUCAGAAUUGGUAUCCACAGUAUCUAACCAAUGCCUGAACCCUACAUUUUCUGAUAUAAAGGAACUAUCAAGAUAUAGCAACCAACAAACACAAGCUACCCGACUAGCAGAUCGUUCAAUCGAUAGCUGCUUGACCUCUUGUGAAGGCUCUUUGAGGGACAACACUAUGCAUAAUAACCAAAUUGGAUUGAGGCCUUUCGAAUUUACACCAUCUAUAGAAUGUGAGGAUAUUGAGAAUGACACCAGGAUACAACAGACAGCACUAAGAUGGUGUGACAACCUCAAGGAGAGCAAAAAAUUAUUCUCUGCAAUGAACGAGGGUAAAGAAAAAACAUUCACCACAGAGACUAACUGCAAGGACUUAUCAAUGAGUAUCGGACUUCAAGAUGGAAAGUUGAACGGAAGCAGUAACCAUUCAGAUGGGAAAUUCAAUGGAACAGACACAGCUGUCAGACUUUUUCACCAGGCAGCCAACAGAGGCGAUUCAAUGCCAGAGAGGCAGAAGUCUUCACAAGAGUAUAAGUUGUCUUACUUUGCACCUAAACUGGACCUAAACAUGCAUGAUGAAACAGAUGCCGCUUCAAGUUGUAAGCAAUUUGACUUAAAUGGUUUCAGUUGGACUUGAGUAACCUUAUAUGACAAAGGGUAAACCAUGAGAGGAGACGCCAGGUAACUUGCUUCUAAUAUUUUGAUUGAGAUAGAGAUCAGCAUAUGGAAACAUAGACUGAUGGUUUCCUUGGAAGGAAAAAAUUAUGUAUAAUUAAAAUUCCCGAUCAAAUAGAAAUAUAGAAUAUUGUAACUCCACUAGAUCUGCUCAGAUCUUAUUUUCUGAUCUCAAAUUUUACUUUCAUGCAAAGUUUCAGGUAGAAGAGGGUAUUAUUAAUCCUUAGCAGUUGAAUGA